UGCCACUGCCCCUUUCAUUUGUCAUCCAGCACCGCCUGAUCCAAAGAGAAGCGCUUGCCUCCGAGGCGCGCGGACGCGGGAUGAGCUUAGACACCCACCAGCGGCGAUUUACGUUUCCCCGAAGCUGCUGCCUGCGCGGCGCGGCUCCUGCUCAUUAUCCCGGCGUGAUGAAAUUUGACUGAGACUGUCUUGCGAGGGCCAAUGGUAGCGGCGUGGUGCUGGCUGUGGGUAGGGGAGGAGAGAACGGGAACACUUGCUCUCUGUAAGCACAGUAUUUUGUAGAGGGACCAAUGCUAACUAAGCCUGGAGUGGAUAAAGGCACGCAUCUCGGACAAGAGAAAAAGAAGCUUCUCGUUCCGUAUGUAGCCCGAACCUUGUUGAAUACAGGCGCAGUAUGGAGCUGAAGUAAGAACACUCUGCAUGCAUGGAUGUGUUUAGCUUUGUGAAGAUCGCAAAGCUCUCGGGCCACAGAAGCAAGUCUUCAGGCUGGUUACCUUCUUCGCCCAGCUGGAACUGUUCUCAGGGGUUUCCCUAUGGAUGGGAGAUGGCGACUAAUAAGGAUGGCAGAAGUUACUACAUCAACCAUGUGACCCAGUCAACGAGCUUUGAAGACCCUCGACUUGAGGGAAGCCAGGUUGUACAGCCAACUUCUCGGAGGAUCGAGAUGAAGCGGGAUCCAGUGCUGGGCUUUGGGUUUGUUGCGGGCAGCGAGAAGCCGGUUGUUGUGCGGUCUGUAACUCCAGGUGGGCCAUCUGAAGGCAAGCUGAUACCCGGAGACCAAAUAAUAAAGAUAAAUGACGAACCUGUCAACACAGCUCCUAGGGAGAGAGUCAUUGACCUUGUAAGGAGCUGCAAGGAAUCAAUCAUCCUGACAGUUGUUCAGCCCUAUCCUUCUCCCAAGUCGGCUUUUAUGAGUGCUGCCAAGAAGGCAAAGUUGAGAUCCAAUCCUGUGAAAGUACGCUUCUCUGAGGAAGUCAUUAUAAAUGGUCAGGUCCCGGAGACUGUCAAAGAUAAUUCCCUCCUAUUCAUGCCGAAUGUUCUGAAAGUUUAUCUUGAGAAUGGGCAAACUAAAUCAUUUCGAUUUGACAAUAGCACAACAAUGAAGGAUGUGAUCCUGACACUUCAGGAGAAACUGUCCAUCAAAUGCAUUGAGCAUUUCUCACUGAUGCUGGAGCAGCGCAUCGAAGGAGAAUCAAACAAACUUCUUUUGCUUCAUGAUCAAGAGACCCUUACUCAGGUAACACAGAGACCAGGAUCCCACAAGAUGAAGUGUCUUUUCCGGAUCAGCUUUGUCCCAAAGGAUCCUAUUGAUUUGCUACGGAGAGAUGCAGUUGCUUUUGAGUAUUUGUAUGUUCAGAGUUGCAAUGAUGUGGUGCAGGAGAGGUUUGGGCCUGAGCUGAAGUACGAUGUGGCUCUCCGACUGGCUGCUUUACAGAUGUACAUCUUGACUGUCAGCACCAAGCAAUCUCAGAAAGUCUCUCUCAAAUACAUAGAGAAAGAAUGGGGCCUUGACACUUUCCUCCCUCCCAUGGUUUUACAAAGUAUGAAAGAAAAGAACGUGAAGAAAGCACUUACCCACAUCCUGAAAACAAACCAAAAUCUUGUUCCUCCUGGCAAAAAGCUCUCUGCAUUACAAGCCAAGGUGCACUACUUAAAGUUUCUCAGUGACCUGCGAUUGUAUGGAGGCAGAGUGUUUAAAGCUAUGCUGAUGCAAGGGGAGAAGCACUCUGAAGUCACUUUAUUAGUGGGACCAAGAUAUGGAAUAAGCCAUGUAAUUAAUGCAAAGACACAUCUGGUGGCCCUGCUGGCUGACUUUAGCCAUGUGAAUAAGAUCGAGAUGUUCUCGGAAGAGGAAAACAAUGUGAGAGUUGAACUGAAUGUGCUGGAUGUCAAGCCCAUUAUAUUAUUAAUGGAGUCAACAGAUGCAAUGAACCUUGCCUGUUUGACAGCUGGAUAUUACAGGCUGUUGGUGGACUCUCGGCGCUCCAUAUUUAAUAUGGCUCAUGGCAAGUGCAUUUCAAGUAAUGAAUCAGGCCCGGAGUACAAGACUAAACAUGACAUGCACAAUGUAGAAUGGAACUAUCUACCGAAGAGUUCAUGCUAUAACAGGCCUAAGAAAGAAGAUAUUCAAUCAUCAUCUAUGAGAGAAACAAAGCAUGAAAAUGUAGAUUUCUCAGAUAGUCCAAUUUACCAUGAAGAUUCGAGGGGGAUUUUAAUAAGUGAAAUUACAGAUGUUAAUGAUCAUAGGCAUCUAGGUGCUGAAUACAUGGACGCUGUGGAAGCUGAAAAUAAAAAUUUCAACAGGGUGCCUCGCUCUGGGAAAGAGUCUACCAAAACGGUACAGGAAACGCCAAGAGGAGCUAAGGUAUCCUUUGUCUUUGAGGACCACAAUGUUGCUAUCUUUAACCCAAGAAACCUUGGUUAUGAAAGAUUGCUGGAUGAUAGCCCCAGCAAUUUGGACCAACAGAUGUACUUGAACAAUGCAAGUGACAUUAAAUGCCAAGAGUUCUCAUUCCCAGGGAUUGAUGUAGAUAACAUUGAUUCAAAUGCUGUGUAUGCAAACAUCAAUGACAGCAGAAUGUUUGCAAAUGCAGAAAGCAUCGAAGAACCAUUGUUACAUGACAUCUGCUACUCAGAGACCACGGAUGAUGCUGAGGAUGAUGAUGAAGCCAGCUGUGAGGAGGAUAUCCCUCUUGGUGAGGUGGACAAAAUGGACAUCCUGAAUAUUUCUGGAUCAAGUGAUGACAUAAUUGACUUAACUUCACUUCCUCCCCCUGGGGGUGAUGACGACGACGAAGAUGACUUUUUACUGCAUUCUCUGAAUGUAGCAAUAGCUGCCCCUCCUCCUGGCUUCAGAGACAAUAGCUCAGACGAAGAAGAUAGCCAGCAUCAGCCGGCGCAAAGCUCAGGAAAUGAUAGCCAAAGCCAAUGUUCCACAAACGAUGACAUCCCUGUGUCACUCAUAGAUGCCAUUCCUACGCAGGCUGAAGAGCAGAGCGGUGAGCAGGCCCUGGAUGACGCUGUGGUUUCAACCUUGCAAGCCCUGGAGGAGCUGGCAGCUUCUGAGGAGCAGUCUGUUCAGCAAACGGAUGACAGCUCAGGUGUAGUGAUAUUAAGAGCUUAUAGUCCUGAGUCGUCAUCGGAUUCUGGCAAUGAAACAAACUCCUCUGAAAUGACUGAAAGCUCUGAGGUAGCCUCAGCGCAGAAGCACUCUGAGGGUUCCAUGCACAUGCUUGUGGCCACCAGCGAAGGCUAUCAACAACUUCAAGAAGAGCAAACUGAGUUCCCGAUUUCUCAGAACGAGAACAUAGGGCCCACUUCCAAAGUGAUUCCAAAAGCCACGCACUGCUUGAGCACUCAACGAGGAAGCAGUGCAAAGUCCAAAACUGUGCCUUCGAAGCAAAUUCUUCCUUCCGAGGAAAUUGAAAUGGAACCAGAAACAAUGGAGACAAAAUCUGUCACGGACUAUUUCAGCAAGCUGCAGGUGGGGUCUCUGAUGUACUCAUGUUCAAGUAAGCAAAAGUGCAAGGUGGGUGAUACUAGCAUCAAGAUAGCAGUUGAUGGUAGUGUAUCAAUGAAGAGGCAACAUGGAAACAAAAAGAUGGAAGUGGGCGACGACUUGUCAACUAACAGCAAGUACAACACGCUGGUCGGAAAGAAUAGCCAACGCACAACCACCUAUGACUUAGAGAGCACUACUUUCCGAAAAGAGACACAAAGGUGGUUUCAAGUGUCAGGAGAAAAAAUGAAUGAUAAGCACAUCCCAGGGUUGAUUAAUGGUAAAAACUUUCACAAGGCUUGCCUAGUUUCUAGAACGGAACUUGAUGAGAAAGAAUCUGACGCUGAAGUGGAUGACCGCUGCUCCCUGGCCAGCACUUCAGGGCUUGGGCGUGAUGAAAGCUUUCUUUCUGAUACCACCUAUGGGUCUUCAGCCAAGCACCUGACUGAUUCAGAAGAUACUGAGCUUUUCCCUGACGAUCACUCUUCAGAGCUUCCCGAAGCUGAACAGAGUGUGACUCGACUUUGUGAAUAUCAUAUGACAAAAAGAAUGUCUUCUUUACAAAGUGAGGGCCAUUAUUCUUUGCAGAGCUCCCAGUGCUCUUCAGUAGAUGCACCCUGCAGUACGAGUAGCAGUACAUGCGCCACCCCAGUGGACUCUCCCCAUUGUACAACUGAAAUUAAACACAUACUAUCAGAGUCUUCUCUAAAAAGUCUUGGUUACAUUUCAGAAGAUCAGCGAACACUUUUGCUUCAAAGCCAUGGAACGUCCUAUAAAGACCUGCACCCCCAAGCUGAAGCCGUGUGUCACAGAAGAACAACCCAUAACACGCAUGCACCUUCAAAUGCUGAGCCUAUAUUUGGUACCAUACGUGACGGGUGCCACCGAGUACCCAAGAUUAAAGAAACCACAGCUUGCACAGAGCCUGAGCAAGGAGGAAGAGGAGGUGCAACUUCAGCUUUCAGUAAUCAGUUCAAAGGCGACAACAUUCCCCUGCCAUCAAACAUUUGCAAUGAUACAAAGGUGCCAACUACCUGCCAAGAGUCACCUAAUCUUCUCAAAGAAGGACAAGGGCAUUCAACAUCACUUAAUAGGAAUAACCUUGAGGGCAGAGGAGGAAGCCUUAAAAUUCCUCCCAGAAAGAAGGUGCUGAGGCGUUGCAGCAGUAGCAUUACACCACGAAUGAGAAGUGCAGAAACCCAACUAGAAAAAUCAAGGAGUUCCAUAGGAUUCCAAUAUUCCGAUCUCCUCGAGGUACCCAAUCCCCAGCUUGUACAGAAGAGAGUAGAGCUUCCUCUGGGUGAGAGCAUAUCCGAGUGCCACUCUCAAGGAUCAGUGACAACAAAUUCAUCAUGCAGUUCCACCGCUGCAAACAGAAAGGAGAGUCGGAGACCAUCGCAGAUAUUUUCGGUGCAAAAGGAUUUAAGGCAGCCUAGACAAUUGCCUUUCCUGAAGGUGGAGAUGAGCAACUGGAAGUGUCAUGGGCCUUUCACCUACUGUUUCCUCAAUAAGGACGUUGAUGCUGAUGAUGAUGGUGAUGGUGGUUAUAGCAGUAAGGACCAAUUAACUUACUUCAACCAAGCUCCCCAGUACCCCAGUUCAUCCACAGAAACCUGCACCACUUCUCGCCCUGCCAUUGCUGGAAGAGAUGUGGGACUGACUGCCGCACCUUCCGGGGAGUCUGGUAGCAACAAAGAGCCUCAGCUGAACGGUGCCAGCCUUGGUGAGGUGGAACUUGACAGCAAAAUCACCAGAAUUAACACCCUGAAGGAGAAGGUGUACUCGAUGCCAGGUGGAUUUCUGGCAGCGCAGAAAGAUGCCAAUGAGCUGCUGUCUCUCCUGCAAGCAAGCAUUGGGGAGAAAGAACAGACGAAACCAGACCACUACCAGCUUCGGUUUAACCAGUACAAGCAACUGUUGUCAAUUGAAUCAAGAGAGUUGGGAAGUGCUUGCAGAAAAAUGGCUGCAGUGGAGAAGAGUCCAGAGGAAAUGCUCUUAGCUAUGACUUCCAGCUUUCAAGUACUGUGUUGCUUAACAGAAGCCUGCAUGCGAUUAGUUAAAGUAAUGAAUUCUGAAACACAGCAACAGGAAAUCGUUGCUAAGGUAGACGAAGUUGUAAUGAACUAUAUUUGUCUACUGACAGCUGCUGAAGCAGUAUCUGGGGCAGUCCCCAUUGACCCUCAUGUUAAGGUUUUAGCACGACAUUCAAAUACCAUGACAGCUAUCGUAAGCACACUAACCCGUUCACUUAAAACGCUUUUAAAUAAAUAACAUGCAAAUUGUACUUUAAAAUGUACCCUUGUAAAGCCAUACAUAGAGUUUACUGUAAGUGUGGGACACCACAUGGAACUGCUAUUAAAGAAACUUGGUUUUGUGUACAUACAGUAUGUUUUAUACGAUGAGCCUGUGGGAUACAGUAUUAAGAUGUUAUACAGCUCUAUCUAUUAGGAUUGAAAUGCAAUUGAAAAACCCUUUGUAAUGGCAAGGAAAUAUAGAAAGCAAUGGUAAAAAAUUUAGUUAUUUUUCAUAUGAUACCCGUACUCCAGAAUGACUUAGUGCCCAAAUCAGACGUGUCAAGGUCCCCUACAACUGUAACUGCCAUGGAGUGGGUUGGGGGGGAGGG